AUGGAAUCAUCGAUAUACAGGUUAGAGGAGCUUGCGUCCAGUUUCUACAGGAUAGAAACUAUUGACCACGUCAACUAUGCCCAAUAUGUCCCGAAAAAUAUGGACGAUCAAUGGGCAAUCCAAAUGGAAUUACUGCUCAGGAAACAGAAUCCUAGAAAUCUUGUAGCACUGUUAUCAAGAUGUUUAUGGUGCUUCAGUGUAAAUGACGACCUUUUACCUGUUCUUCCAAAACUACCCUCUGCUAAUAAUGAAGAUAAAUCACCAAUUCUACCAGAAAAGACUGGAAGUUUCACAUUUGAAUAUUCAAAGCCAAAUUUACCACCACACUAUGCCUUAUUUUUGAAAGCCCUUCGGCGAAUGAUAUAUAUCAAUCUAGCAAAGGCAUCGAAUAAUAGAUUAAUUCAAUUCGGAAAUGCAUGUAUACCAUUGGGUAAAAGUACAAAUUAUGAUAUUUUACAAUUAGAACCGCAUUUGUUCGCUAAUGGUGAUCUGGUUGUAACAUUAUGUUGUAAAAAUCUUAAUCUAGUCCCAUUGACAGAAAACCACAUAGAAGAAUCAUACCUCCAAAAGCAUGCUCUCUAUAUGGUUCCCUCAGGAAUUAGAGCUUAUUUAAGUUCGAACAAUAAAUCAACUUGUCUUACUUUACCUCCUAAGAAUGCCGAUGCUCUAUUAAUGACGCUAUCAAUAUCUCAUGGCAUUAAAUUAAAUGAUAAAAAUAAUAUAAAAUGGGUUACUGUGAUACCUGAUAUCGGUCAUCUUAAUGGGAACACACCAAAUGUGGCAUCAUAUAUGGAUCCACCAACUGAUAUAAGGAAAGUUAUCUGGCCAUUAGAAUUAAUCUAUGCCCAACCAGCAUUCGAUUUAAUCGGACCAAAUAAUAUUGAUAUCUUUCCUUCAUCUACCGUUACAAGUUCAACAGCAAUGACAUAUAAUGAUUUUCAAAAUGUAUUAGAUACCAUUGACGAUUUUAUUCAAUUGAAACAAACGUCAGCCUAUAAAACACCUGGUAGUUCUGGAACAAACGCUUUAAGUUCUGGUGGUGCAGGUUAUACGGAUCAAUUUACCCACUACUAUAGGAAUAAUUCAGUUGGACCACAUCUUACUGAUACUGUAUCACCUUCUUUGGACAAGCUCGUUUCAUCUUCCGUUAGCAAUAACAAUAACAAUAAUAAUAAUAUUCCUGUAAAUAGUUUUAAUAAUGAACUACUAGCGACACCGCCUACAGCUGAUACAGCUAAGGGAGUUCAUGCAAAUCAAUUGUUUAACGAUAAAUCUGGUAUAGCUAUUGACUACGAACCUUCGCCAACAAAAGCUGAAUUGGAAAAUGUGAAAGAAUUAUUAAUGAAAAAAGAUUCAAUGAAUAGAAGUAGUGAUGCACAGGACGAUGUGGAGAUGCACGACGUUAACGAUGCUCAGCACAUUAAAGAUAAUGAUAACGAAAAUAUUAACCCUAAUGAUAAUGCUGACGAUAAUAAUGAUGCCAACAAUAAUAACAACGGUACUAUGUCCGAUACCAAUGCGACUGGGAAUAAAGAAUUGUUCGGAGAAGAUGAAGAAGAAGAAGAAGAAGAUUUGUUUGGUGAAAGCAAUGAUUCUGUAGGCGAAGGACUUCAAAGUGUUAACAAAAAUGAUCCUGAUGAAAUUACAGAGGAUAUGUUUGGGAUGUCUGAUGAUGAAGAUGGUACAAACAUAACGAUUAACUCUCGAUCUGGUGAUACUUAUUUCAAUGGUGACAGUAAUGCAUUAAGUACACCCAUCCGAAAACCAAAUUUAAAAAGAAAAUAUCUGGAUAUCCCAGUCGAGGAAAUGACUUUAACAGGUGAUUCAUUAUAUACAGAUCCAGGUGCACCACUUCCAAUUGAAACGCCGAGAGACAGGCGUAAGAGUGUUUUUGCGCCGUUACAAUUUAACCCAAUAAUCGAAAAUAAUGUCGAUAAUAAAUAUAAAAACGGUGGUAAAUUUUCGUUUAGUCCAUUUCAAAAGGAUGAGGCGUUGCAAUUUGAUAUUUCUAAUGGUGAUAUUUCAAGUUCGGAGGAUGAAGAAAGUGCUUCUGACGAUGAAGAUCUUGAAUUUAUGAAUAUAGGGCAAGAGACACGUUCAGUAGAAGGUACAGUCAAUGAACCACAAUAUUUAGGGUAUUCAAAUGUACAAGCUGUUGGAGAAAACCUUCCCUCAUCCUUGGGAUCAAAUGAUUUAAUCGGAACAACUGAUGCAAAUAAAGAGGGGUCGAUUUGGAAAAUAUUGCAAAGUGACAUUCCAACAACUGAAUCGCCAUUAAAAACUGUGGAAACUUCAGUUCAACCAGUGGAUUCGAUAAUGAAAUCAGACGUUAAUGACAUUUUAAAGAACAAAAUAUCACCAAAAAUUACAACCCAAGAACAAUCUCCACUUUCAGGAUCUGCUACACUUACGUCUAAUUUGCCAGAAGGGAAAACAGGUAUGCCAGAAGAAACACCAGCAGAAAUACCUGUAUCCAUUGAAUCCUCGAAUAGUCUUCCAUUUCUUCUUAGACAUAUGCCAUUAUCAUCACUCCCUGAUAAAUUUAGACAGUCAAAUCCCGUAUUGCAGAUCACUGAAGAAUCGACUGAUAUUUUGGAUUUAAUUUCUGAGCAAAUAGUCUUCGAUUUUGAUCAGUUAAUUAAAUUAAGAGUACCAAAGUCAAUAUAUAGGGGGUUAAAAGAUUGUAAAGAUGGACUGAUAUCUGACAUUAUGCCGAAAAUUUUUACCAAAUUUGAAAGGCUUAAUGGUAAUGAAAUAAUUGACAAAAUGUAUACGAUGCGAGAACCGCUUGUCUUUGUGAAGAAGCACCAAGAGUUAAUCAAGAUUAAAUCAGAUUCGCAACCUUUCACUAAAUUUCUUGGUAUCCGGCCUCCUAAGGGUAUUAAAAAUUUCAAAUUCAUUGUGUUAACUGAUUCAUUUAAAGAUGAUUGUACCAAUUUUGUAUCGAUAUUAUCUCAGACAUAUUUUGAACAUGAAUUAGGAUUCUGUGAAUUAUUGAAACUAACUAAUGGGAAUUCGCAUGGUUUGAUUUAUCUGCAAAAUUUUGAGCAGAAUAAACUACUUUUACUAGCUGCACAAAUAGUGUCAUAUUGUUCCACUAAUAAAAGCUCCGAAAAAGAUGUCCCUUUAAUGCUCAUUUUACCAUUGGAAGUGUCACAUCCAACUGAUUUAGUUCACAAAGUGUCAGUUUUCCAAACGAUUAGAAAUGAAGUUAAGGCUAAGAUUCCUAACAAGGAAUUAUUCUUGAAGAUCGUUCCUAUCGAUUUUAUUUGCAAUCCACUGGUCUCUGUGGAUGAUUACAGUACAUUAGCAAUGAGUAUCUAUAAUAUUCUACCACAAAAAUCAACAAGAUUUACUACAUUAGCUCCUAGGCUUCCUGAAAAGGUCACUUUUAAAAGCUCUCAAACGGCUCCCCCAUCGUCCAUAAUUAACUAUGAUGAAUACAUACAUUUGGCUUAUUCAAGAAGUAUCGAUAAAUGCUGGCUAUUCGCUGCCUUAACGGACAGUACGGGUAAUGAAAAUAUGAUUAAGUCGUGGUAUGUUGGUAAUUCUAAGAAAACAUUUGAUGAAGCUUGUAAUCAAAUUUGGUCUAUGGCCUUUUCCUUAGCAAGUAGAAAAUAUGGUAAAAUUUGUCUAAUUUUAACCAGAUUGAAUGGAGUUUUACCAGAUGAUGAACUAAUGAAUUGGAGAAGAUUUUCUGGAAGAAACAUUCACCUUGCCGUUGUAUGUGUUGAUGAUAAUACUAAGAUUACAUUCUAUGACCGAGAUAAGUUAUAUCCAUCUUUCAAGCCAUUAUUCAAGGACAGUAAGUUGAGUGGGAAAAUAAAUUUUAAUAAGUUUGAUGAUUAUGAAAUUCGUGAUAUAGAUGAAGAUAUACAUGGUGCUUUAUUCCAACAUCCUUUCCCAUUAUCCAAUUCUCAGCACCGUUGUGCCAUUAAAAGUGGUGCGUUAGUGAAAUUUAAAAGGAAUUCUGGUGAGGGAACCAUUGAUAAGUUCGAAGUUAACCUAUUGAAUUGCCCGCACGCAGAUAGUGGAAAAUUAUUAGAAAGUAUUUUGGAAGAGUUCCGAAAUCUCGCAGCAUUGAAUGUGUGGUUCGGUGUUUCUGAUGGAGAGAGAAACUCCCAUAUUCCAUGGCAUGUUCUUGCUGUUAAAAAGAUGAUGCAAAGUAUGAUCCAUACCCGAAUUGAAGUUCAGAACCCGCCAAUUCCAUAA